AUGUCACAGGGAGAUUCCCCUUCCUCUUUGAGCUCCGAUCGCGAAGACACUCCUACUGGCACAACAACGGAUGAUGGCGUACAAAACUCUUCUGCCUCGCUGCCUUUCGCUGGCGAGGUGCCCGAGGACGGAAUAGUAUAUGCGAUUCGCGAUAUAGUCUCAGGGGGAUUCAUCACCUUACUAGAUGGACAUGUUGUGGUUAUUAAGGGGAAGAUUGGUGUAGGAGGGUGUUACUGGAUCUGCGACGAUCCAGGCGAUGGCUGGAUAGCAUUCCGUAAUCUUGUCUCCGGAAAACACCUAGAUUACUCUAACAAGGGGCGUUUCUACGCACCCGAAAAGGUUUUGAACAGCCGACAGUUUGUGCCCCGUCCAGCAGCGUUGGGAGGGUAUAAUCUCUGUGUAAAUUAUCGGAACAGUCUGAAGGCAGCAGCUGCGGAAGAUCCGGAAGCAUUAACUACCGGAUUAGUUGAGGCUGCAACCAUCAAGGACGCAACCCGGUGGGAGUUUAUCAGGGUUUUGAAUUAA